UUUUUUUCUUUUUAAUCUCCGCACCAAGCGCUUAACCUCAUUGGGGUGGAGGAGAAGGCGGCGGCUGUCUGGUGGCAGCGGCAAGAGUAGCGAAUAAUAUGGCUAAUGGACUGCUGAAUUAUGAAGUAUUUCAGACCCAAUAGUAGAACAUCACUCUGCCACUCACUCCUUUAUCUCCAACUAGUUAUUUAAAUUGGACUUUUAAUAUCCUACCAGCUGCUCUUCAGACACACAUGGUGCAUUGUUGCCAUUCCCCGGAUUGCAUCUUUGAAACACAGGCUCUUAGUAACCUUCAGCAAACAAAGAGGCAACCUCCCAGAUACGUUUACCGGGAGGGUGUCACCCUGACUGCCCCCUAGCUUUUGCUGCAUCUGGAUUUGAAUUCCAUCAUGGAGCCGCGCAUGGAGUCCUGCCUGGCACAGGUGUUGCAGAAGGAUGUGGGGAAACGACUGCAGGUUGGCCAAGAACUUAUAGACUAUUUUUCAGACAAACAGAAGUCUGCUGACCUUGAGCAUGACCAGACUAUGUUAGAUAAACUCGUGGAUGGACUCGCUACCUCUUGGGUGAACUCUAGCAAUUACAAGGUGGUUCUCCUGGGCAUGGACAUCCUGUCUGCGCUGGUCACCCGGCUGCAGGAUCGGUUCAAGGCGCAGAUCGGCACAGUGCUGCCAAGUUUAAUAGACAGACUGGGAGAUGCUAAAGACUCUGUGAGGGAUCAAGACCAAACUCUGCUGCUAAAGAUCAUGGAUCAAGCUGCUAACCCCCAGUACGUGUGGGACCGAAUGCUGGGAGGCUUCAAGCACAAGAAUUUCCGGACUCGGGAAGGCACGUGUCUCUGCCUUGUUGCCACACUCAGUGCCUCUGGAGCGCAUACUUUAACACUAAGCAAGAUCGUGCCACAUAUAUGUAACUUACUUGGAGAUCCAAACAGCCAGGUUCGAGAUGCAGCAAUAAACAGCUUAGUGGAAAUUUACAGACAUGUAGGAGAACGUGUGAGGGCAGAUCUCAGUAAAAAAGGAUUGCCACAGUCCCGGUUGAAUGUAAUUUUUACAAAAUUUGAUGAAGUCCAAAAAUCUGGAAACAUGAUACAAUCUGCAAAUGAUAAAAAUUUUGAUGAUGAAGAUUCUGUGGAUGGUAAUAGACCUUCCUCUGCCAGUUCUACGUCAUCCAAAGCUCCACCAAGCUCCCGGAGAAACGUUGGAAUGGGGACCGCCCGCCGGCUUGGAUCGUCUGCUCUUGGAUCCAAGUCUUCAGCUGCAAAAGAAGGAGCUGGUGCUGUUGAUGAAGAGGAUUUUAUUAAAGCGUUUGAUGAUGUACCUGUAGUGCAGAUUUAUUCCAGCCGAGACCUUGAGGAAUCCAUAAACAAGAUUAGGGAAAUAUUAUCUGAUGACAAGCAUGAUUGGGAGCAAAGAGUAAAUGCUCUAAAAAAGAUUAGAUCUUUACUUUUGGCUGGUGCUGCUGAGUAUGAUAACUUCUUUCAACAUUUGCGUCUUUUGGAUGGAGCCUUUAAACUAUCUGCUAAGGACCUGCGGUCUCAGGUAGUGCGGGAGGCUUGUAUCACAUUGGGGCAUCUGUCAUCAGUUCUGGGGAAUAAGUUUGACCAUGGAGCUGAAGCCAUUAUGCCAACUAUCUUUAAUUUAAUUCCAAAUAGUGCCAAAAUUAUGGCCACUUCUGGUGUUGUAGCUGUUAGAUUAAUCAUUCGGCACACACACAUCCCUAGGCUGAUACCUGUCAUAACAAGUAACUGUACCUCCAAGUCUGUUGCAGUUAGAAGGCGCUGUUUUGAAUUUUUAGAUUUACUUUUACAAGAAUGGCAGACACAUUCACUGGAACGACACAUAUCAGUAUUAGCCGAAACAAUAAAGAAGGGAAUACAUGAUGCCGAUUCUGAAGCAAGGAUAGAAGCCAGAAAGUGUUACUGGGGUUUCCACAGUCACUUCAGCAGAGAAGCCGAGCACUUAUACCACACCUUGGAGUCCUCCUACCAGAAAGCCCUGCAGUCCCAUUUGAAGAACUCGGACAGCAUUGUGUCCCUGCCGCAAUCCGAUCGCUCGUCUUCUAGCUCUCAAGAGAGUCUGAAUCGGCCGCUCUCUGCCAAAAGAAGUCCUACUGGAAGUACCACCUCUAGAGCUUCUACAGUUAGUACCAAAUCUGUGUCAACGACUGGGUCCCUGCAGCGCUCUCGGAGUGACAUUGACGUGAACGCGGCUGCCAGUGCAAAAUCCAAAGUCUCCGCGACUUCAGGCGCUGCGCCUUUCAGCUCUGCCGCGGCCUUGCCUCCGGGGUCGUACGCAUCCUUAGAGUCCAGACACCUGAGGGAAGAUAUGGAGUCCGUAGGCCUUGACGCAGGUCGGAUCCGCACUAGACGGCAAAGCUCUGGGAGUGCCACCAACGUUGCCUCUACACCUGCCGACAGUCGAGGCCGCAGUCGCGCUAAAGUGGUUUCACAGUCCCAGCGAUCCAGAUCUGCUAAUCCUGCUGGUGCUGGCAGCCGGUCAAGUUCCCCAGGGAAAUUGUUGGGAAGUGGUUAUAGUGGCCUUGCUGGUAGUUCCUCAAGAGGCCCACCUGUGACACCUUCUUCAGAAAAACGAAGCAAGAUUCCCAGGAGUCAGGGAUGUAGCCGAGAAACAAGUCCAAACCGAAUAGGAUUAGCACGGAGCAGCCGUAUCCCUCGACCCAGCAUGAGUCAGGGGUGCAGCCGCGAUACCAGCCGUGAGAGCAGCCGUGAUACAAGCCCUGCUCGGGGCUUUCCUCCUCUUGACCGAUUUGGGCUUGGCCAGGCAGGAAGAAUCCCCGGUUCUGUAAACGCCAUGCGAGUGUUGAGUACAAGUACAGAUCUUGAAGCUGCUGUUGCUGAUGCUUUGCUGUUAGGAGACUCCAGGAGCAAGAAGAAGCCUGUGAGGAGGAGAUAUGAGCCAUAUGGGAUGUAUUCUGACGAUGAUGCCAACAGUGAUGCCUCGAGUGUUUGCUCUGAGCGCUCAUAUGGUUCCAGGAACGGUGGCAUUCCCCAUUAUCUGCGGCAGACUGAGGAUGUAGCAGAAGUUCUCAACCACUGUGCUAGUUCAAACUGGUCAGAAAGGAAAGAAGGGCUUCUAGGCCUGCAGAACUUACUGAAGAGCCAAAGAACACUGAGUCGAGUAGAAUUGAAAAGAUUGUGUGAGAUCUUCACCCGAAUGUUUGCUGACCCUCACAGCAAGAUUGCUGAUUCAGAACCAGAAUGUGAGGAUAAAGAAGGAAAUUUGUUUCCAUCAGAAGGCUCUUGUACAGUGAGUUUGGAGAGAGUUUUCAGCAUGUUUUUGGAGACUCUUGUGGAUUUUAUAAUAAUUCAUAAGGAUGACUUGCAAGACUGGCUUUUUGUUCUUCUCACACAAUUACUUAAGAAAAUGGGAGCAGAUUUACUUGGAUCUGUGCAAGCAAAAGUUCAGAAGGCUCUAGAUGUCACAAGGGACUCCUUUCCAUUUGAUCAACAAUUUAAUAUUUUGAUGAGAUUUAUUGUGGAUCAAACUCAGACUCCUAACCUCAAGGUCAAAGUUGCAAUCCUGAAGUACAUUGAGUCUCUCGCUAGGCAGAUGGAUCCAACAGAUUUUGUAAACUCUAGUGAGACAAGGCUUGCUGUUUCUAGAAUUAUAACCUGGACAACAGAACCAAAGAGUUCAGACGUGAGAAAGGCAGCACAAAUUGUGCUAAUCUCUCUGUUUGAAUUGAACACUCCUGAAUUUACCAUGUUACUUGGUGCCUUGCCAAAAACAUUCCAGGAUGGUGCCACCAAACUCCUGCAUAACCACCUCAAGAAUUCCAGUAACACCAGUGUGGGCUCUCCGAGCAAUACAAUUGGCCGGACUCCCUCCCGACACACCAGCAGCAGGACUAGCCCCCUGACCUCACCCACCAACUGUUCCCAUGGGGGUCUGUCUCCAAGCAUGCUGGACUAUGAUACAGAGAACCUGAACUCUGAAGAAAUCUAUAGUUCUUUGCGUGGAGUUACAGAAGCCAUUGAAAAAUUUAGUUUUCGAAGCCAGGAGGAUCUGAAUGAGCCAAUUAAACGAGAUGGCAAAAAGGACUGUGAUAUUGUGUCCCGCGAUGGUGGAGUUGCCUCUCUGGCCACUGAGGGUCGGGGAGGCAGUGAUGUGAUGGAAGGAGGCAGAACGGCUCUGGAUAACAAGACCUCCCUCCUCAACACCCAGCCUCCACGGGCCUUCCCGGGGCCGCGGAUGCGAGACUACAAUCCAUAUCCCUAUUCAGACACCAUCAACACCUAUGACAAGACAGCCCUGAAGGAGGCCGUGUUUGACGAUGACAUGGAACAGCUUCGAGAUGUGCCCAUUGACCAUUCUGACUUGGUGGCUGACCUUCUGAAAGAGUUGUCCAACCACAAUGAGCGGGUGGAGGAGCGGAAAGGUGCCCUGCUGGAGCUGCUCAAGAUCACCCGCGAAGACAGCCUGGGCGUCUGGGAGGAGCACUUCAAGACCAUUCUGCUCUUGCUGUUGGAGACACUUGGAGACAAAGAUCAUUCCAUCCGAGCACUAGCAUUGAGAGUUUUACGAGAAAUUCUGAGAAACCAGCCAGCAAGAUUUAAAAACUACGCCGAGCUGACGAUCAUGAAGACUCUGGAAGCCCACAAAGACUCCCACAAGGAGGUGGUGAGAGCUGCCGAGGAGGCUGCAUCCACGCUGGCCAGUUCCAUCCACCCAGAGCAGUGCAUCAAAGUGCUCUGCCCCAUCAUCCAAACCGCUGACUACCCCAUCAACCUUGCCGCCAUCAAGAUGCAGACCAAAGUCGUUGAGAGGAUUGCUAAGGAGUCCUUGCUGCAGCUCCUCGCCGACAUCAUCCCAGGCUUGCUGCAGGGUUACGACAACACCGAAAGUAGUGUGCGUAAGGCCAGCGUGUUUUGCUUAGUGGCAAUUUAUUCCGUAAUCGGAGAAGAGCUGAAACCUCACCUCGCACAGCUCACGGGGAGCAAGAUGAAGCUACUAAAUUUAUAUAUAAAGAGGGCCCAAACCACGAACAGCAACAGCAGCUCCUCCUCCGAUGUGUCCACACACAGCUAAUGGUGACGCCAGAGUCUCUUGGUAGCCCUAGAAGCAAUUGGUGGUGCCUCUCCGAGACCUUUCCCACCCUCCCCCUUCAUCGGCUGCCCAGUCAGUACAAGGAGGCCCGCAGAUAUUUAUUACAAUCAGUAUUCUGGUCCCUUCCAGCUUUUGUGUAGAAUCUUACUGGUAUUGAAUGUAAAGAAAGCAAGGCCUGUAUCGCAUCUUCUUACAAAACAAAA